ACUUUUCGAGCAGGGAUUUGAGCCCCGCAAAGGCGGCUUCUACAUGCCGACUCGACAAAUCGACCUCAAUCGACUUCAGCUUCUUCCUAAGUAAGACUUGCUAGGAACUUCGACAUCAUCAAGCCUUAACAUCUCGGUUGUUUGGGCACGCCAAGGCUUCUUCUUGGCCGAAUUCGCCUUGAUCUGGAAAUACGUCCAUCACUCUCUCGCCUGGCAGCGGCCCGCCCGUGAGAGGGCGAAAGAUGCCGACAGACCAGUCGGCUGCAACAAGACCGACAUCAUUACCUGCAGUCUGCCCGAGUCCACCUGGCGGUGCAGGCAACUGUCUGGCCGAAACUACUCUGCGGCUGGAGUCGAUCCCUUCACACGAGCUUAAACGACCUUUGCGAACCUAUAGCCGCCGUCUUGCUUCAGGACGGGCUCUCCAUCAGCCCAUCACGAGCGGGCAAAAGGAAGAUGUGACUGUGCCAGACCCUGGUGAUGCGCUCUUGGAACCAUCUGCCAAAAUUCCCGAGCCCGAGACGCGCAAACGCGGAUCGAUCUUAUCGUAUUUCAAGCCCGUCGUCCCCCCGAGACCGAACGACAUAACCACAGCCACGAUUCCAGAUGGCAUUGAAUCAGCAUCGACGCUACCAUCACUACCGCAUCCCUUACCUAUUCGAGAGCCGAGGAAACGAAGAAGGCUGACUACUCGACCCCAGUUUGGUGCGGAGGAUCGCGGCAAGAUGGAUACCGGUUGUGGGACAGCUGUGGAUUGCAGCAAUGAACGGAGCUACCAAACUGGCAUAAACGAGCACAGCGAUGACGACACGCUGCCCAUCAACAAAAAUACCCCGCAGGAGACGCAGGAUUCUUGCGGCCAAGGUUCACGUGUGUUGGACGAGCUGACCGCAACUGUUGCUGGCCAGGUCGCAAUGUCGGGGAUGAUGACAAAACGUCCGCUGGGAAUCACAGAUCGAUCGCGAAAGCGUUGUGCCAAAGACAUGGUGCAAACAACUCUGAGCCUCUCCGUAAACCCUGACCCGGGGUUCACGGUUUGUAAGGACUGCGGUAUUCUAUACAACCCUUUGAAUGAAAAGGAUAGGAAAGAGCACAAAACACGACACGCUGCCCACGCCCGGAGCCGCGGUAGAUCGUAGUUGUCUCGGUGACAUGCAGUGGGCUGUUCAAAACUCAUACAUUCGGAGAACCUCACCUUGUCCGAUGACGCCUAGUCCGCCGAAACGACGAACGACGAACCCCAAACUCCUUGGGAUUGUGAUAAGGCGGACCCCUUACCCCUAGCUAUACAGGGUAGAUGCUCCAGUCUUGUAGAAAGUCAUGACUAAAUCAUGGCAUGGCAUCGGUGGCCGCGUGCC